UUUUAUUGCUGAACUUACGGUAGUUAAGAAACGCGUUUCGUGUUGUCGGGGGCUGACUGCUCUUACCCAGGUGUGAUCUGUCAGUGUUUAUUGGGAGCCAUCUUCCGUGGUUUGAUCCCUUGGAAUGCGGUCAUGGUGAAAACUAUUUAUAGCAUGUGGAUCUCAGAUAUGUUUGUAAUAGAUUUAUUAUGUGCGGCAGGUAGAUGUUAUCAUCAGCACCGAGAAAGCUGUUCUUUUAAAUCUAUUUAAAUAACGGGGAAUUUUCUAUUUUUACACAUUCUUCUAUUUGUUUUGAGAAAUUGAGCAAACGCUGGUAGAGAGAUUAAGUUGUUAGGAUUUCUUACAGUAAAUUUGCACUUUACGGUCUGCUUAGGCUGAUUAUCGGGAUAUAUAUAUAUAUAUAUAUAUAUACCAGCACGGGGGUAUAAUGGAGGAGAUUAAUGUCGGUGAGCCCCUGGUAGAUUUAAAAGAUCUUGAAUUGAAAGUCGGAAGAAAGGCUCCCGAAGCACUGAUGAAAUGGAUGCGGGAAGACGCUCUACACCUCGGAGAGCGCAAGUUAAGCACCACGGAACGAAACGACCGAGACCCCAAGACCGAGGCACUUGCUGACAAAAUAAAGAAUUUAAAGCAAGAGAUGCUAUCCCUGCGUUCCCUGGACGUCCGCAUCCUCCGCCAGCUGGUGGCGCUGCACGAGGGCGUGGAGUCCCUGCGGUGGCUGUUGGAGGAACGCGGCCCCCUGCCCAGCCGCUGCAGCAGCCUGACGAGCAGCCAGUACAGUCUGGCCGAGGGGCCCGACACCUCACUGCGGGGCAGCUGGAGCAGCCUGCAGGACCCCAGCGACCGCCUCGACAACAUCUCCGUCGGCAGCUACCUGGACACGCUGGCCGACGACACCGACGAGUAUUGUUCCGCCGAGACGGGCCUAUCCUCCACUCCUCUGGUAUCGGAGGCAGGCGGGCAAGUGGGGGGCGGCCCGGGCUCCCCCCUAGUCAAACCCGAGGUUCCCAGAGAAGAGGCGCGAACCGUGGCUAAGCUAGUCCACGAUGGCGUGGAUCCCCGGAGAAUGGCCUCCACCCCAAAAGAUGGUUGCCAGACGCGUGUUGGGGAAGCGAACUGUGUCCCGGAGAAGGCAGGCUGGCGGGGGGGUGGUCAGGGCUCUGCUCGGCCGUGCCCCAGUGAAAAAAAAAUCUGCAAACAUCCCGAUGCCAAGGUGAAGGCCUACCAGAACGGUAAGGUGGACCCGGAGGGCUGCAGACUCAGCGGCAGGGUGCGCCUGGAACACGACGCUCACUGGAAGUGGGUGCAGUCGCAGGAUGACGUGACGUUCCUCUGAAGGGUCGCCCUACGUGCUCCACAGGGGCCCCGUGCCCUUCCUGAGGCCCCUGAUGCGGAGCUUCACCCCUCCGCCGCCCUGAUACCCUGAUCAAAUUCAGCGUCUUGCACGAGGUCCAGAUGGAAACCUGGUUCUGACGACAUAGUACUUCCACCAAGUCCGUGUGUGAGUGCAUCAGGAGGUAAUGUACUGCCCUUGAGGACUUGGUACCGGAAAGCCUGUCAUUUUGACUGGGAGGGGGCGCUGACAGCAAACGUUCCCGCCAGAUAGCAGGACUGGAGAAAUGUGAAAGUUUUGGAUUUUAGAUUUAACACAAAUGAAUCUGAUUGAAAUGUUUGGUCUGAGCAACCAUGAGACUCAACCACACUAACAAAGUACCUUAAUAUAAAAAAAUCUAGCUGUUUACAUUAAAAUAUAGUAGCAGGAGGAUUGAUUCGGAUAUCGAUUCAUUUGGACUGGGACCAAACGUUGUGAGGAUCAGGGUGAACAAACGAACUUUGAUCGAUUCACAUUCUGUUGGAGCCUCUUCAUGAAAAUGACCUUUAAGUGUCAUUGCUGGGGAUGCUGUUCAGCUGACUCAUGGACUUUGUAUGGAACAGAUGUUUUAAACUGUCUCCAUCUAUUCUAGGACAAUAUGAUGUCAGCAAGAUCUGUCAACUGUGUAGGGUUAAGAGUGCAGAUACCAUCACACCCAGAGAUGUACAUCUUGAUUUGCUGUACAGAAAUUGUUCAUAAUGAGAAAUAUGAACCCCAUGAUGUUUUUAACAUAACUGCAUGCAAUUCAACACUGCUGUACAUUAUAAUGAAUGGUAAAUAUUCUUGUAUGGAGCCUAAAUCCUUAACUUUAAUAGGUUUGACACCCUGUUCACAUCUAAUCAAAACCAUGUACUAACCAGACGACAGAUUAAAGCCAGGGUGUAAAGGGGGGGCAAUAACCCCCUUUAACUGACCAAUCAGAACUUUAUAAAUGUACAUUAGUAAGCCCCCCCCAAAUGAGCCCUGCUGCUCAUCAGAAGCUGUUUCUUGUAUGCCAGUUCUCUCAGACGUUAUCACCACUCAUGGUCAUCAUAAAACAAAAUAUUGUUUUAGACCCAUAGGUGGCGUAGUUCUUAAGCGCGUGGAACUGCAUCUUAAAGGGGCCUGCACUCUCGCAUCUUUCAAGAUUCUUAACAAAUGACUCCUGCUUUGGAUAAAAGCAUCAACUAAUGUAAAAGGAAUCAAAUUAGGCAGUCCGUGUUUCAGACCUUAAUAUAUAACACUGCCCCCUCAUGUCAGAAAAUUCACAGGAGGUUGUGCCUGUUUUAUACUCUCUCCUUUCAAACGCAUUGGCCUGUGUCCAUGGCUGAGAUCAGCAGCCCACCCAAGUUAAACUGUCAGCUCUGGAGUGCCGUGCUUUAGUGCAACUGUGGGCCAGGUCCAAGGCUGCCGAGGCUCUGUGUCACAUUCCAGAACAUUCUGACGAAUGGGCCUGUCACUAAUUAACCCAUUUAUUGUCUGUAUUUUGUAUCCCCAAUGUUUCAUUCAUGUGCUGUCAAUGUUCAGAAGUU